UUUAAUGCAUUGUUGACCAUUUCUACUUCCUGCUUGCUUUUUGCUCUGCCAAAAAAAAUCUUGGAGAUUUUCUGAGAAUUAAAAUAAACAAAUUGCAAUGAUAAUUUAAAAAUAAUUAAACCUAAUAUGUGUUCUUGCUUGCUAUGAAAACUGUAAUUAAAAGUAACUACAAGAAGUGGAAAUUUAAUUAUCUUCAAACUGACUAUUCGUUCGAGUAAAAAACUAUGAAUCAAAAGGAAAGAGAAAAAUAUGUGGAAGAAUUUAGUUUUCCAUUUUGUGAGGAGUCCAGUAAAUAUGAAAAAGUUGCCAAAAUUGGCCAAGGUACAUUUGGCGAGGUAUUCAAAGCUAAGGAUAAGAAAACAAAUAAAAAAUUUGUGGCUAUGAAGAAAGUGUUGAUGGAGAACGAAAAAGAAGGCUUCCCUAUUACUGCAUUGAGAGAGAUCAGAAUACUGCAACUACUCAAACACGAAAAUGUAGUCAAUUUAAUAGAAAUCUGUAGAACAAAAGCGACACAAUUUAAUCGCUAUCGCUCAACGUUUUAUUUGGUUUUUGAUUUCUGCGAGCACGAUCUCGCUGGUUUACUUUCGAAUGUCAACGUCAAAUUUAGUUUGGGAGAAAUUAAAAAAGUUAUGCAACAACUUUUAAAUGGACUAUAUUAUAUACACAGUAACAAAAUUUUACAUCGAGAUAUGAAGGCUGCUAAUGUUUUAAUAACGAAGAAUGGAGUUCUGAAACUCGCCGAUUUUGGACUUGCACGAGCAUUUAGUGCAAAUAAAAAUGGUCAAGCGAAUCGCUACACAAAUAGAGUUGUUACUUUGUGGUACAGACCGCCAGAAUUGUUAUUGGGGGAUCGAAACUAUGGACCGCCAGUAGAUUUAUGGGGUGCUGGUUGUAUAAUGGCUGAAAUGUGGACUAGAUCGCCAAUUAUGCAGGGUAACACGGAACAACAACAACUGACUUUAAUAUCUCAAUUAUGUGGCUCGAUCGUACCUGAUGUUUGGCCUGGUGUAGAAGCUUUAGAAUUAUUCAAUAAAAUGGAUUUAAUCAAAGGACAGAAAAGAAAAGUAAAAGAAAGACUAAAACCCUAUGUGAAAGAUGCAUUCGCAUGUGAUUUGCUUGACAAAUUGUUAAUAUUAGAUCCUAGUAAGAGAUAUGACUCGGACACUGCCUUAAAUCAUGACUUUUUCUGGACCGAUCCAAUGCCUUGUGAUCUCAGUAAAAUGUUGGCUCAACAUACGCAAAGUAUGUUCGAAUAUUUGGCCCCACCCAGAAGACAAGGACAUUUAAGACAUCCUCAUCAUCCUGUGACUGGUGGACCAUCGAAACCCAGCACAAGUGUUGCUGAAAGUGGUUAUCAAGAUCGUGUUUUUUAGCGUAUUCAAAUUGUUAAUUAUUUUUUUUCGAUGCGGAUUCAAAAUAUCAAUUUUUGUAAGAUCCUAAUGCUAAGCAUUUCAAAUUAUUUAUAUAUGUAAGUUAGGUUAUUGUCAAUUAAUUUAUAAAUAGAAGUUACAACUUAAUAUCUUCCAUAAAAGAAAUCUCGAUUUCAAGAUUUCAAAAUAGUUCUUUACUUUUGUAUAUAUAAACAUUAGAUAUUUACAAUGUAUGUUAAACAAUUUUGUAUCUCUCUGCGCUGUGUGCUACUUGUAAUGCUAUUAUUAUUAUUAUUAUUAUUAUUAUUAUUAUUAUUGAAUUAUAUUAUUAUAAUUAUUAUUAUUAUUAUUAUAAAUAUUACACUUGUUGAAAUUUGCACUUGAAAUAUUUGUAUUUUUUCAAAAGAAUACUUAUGAUCAAGAUGUUUAUUAUAAAAUUAUUAUUUAAAUUAUUUAUAAAGUUUUUGAAUUUUUAAACAAUUUUAAUUCGAAGAAAUUCUUUCUCAAGUACCUAUUAAGUUUUUACGGAUCCUACAACUUAAUCGCAAAGUUGGAAUUUUUAAAACUUUCUAUAUUUUUAAAGCUUUUUUUGUGUUUCUCUUCCAUUUUAAAAAAUUGUUUAAUAUACAAUUUUAAAUUCAACGAUUUCUUAUUUAAGUCUGACUAUUUAUUGUACAGGAAGUUGUAAGGUAAUAGUUUAUAGUCUAAUUUUUUGGAAAAUGAUAUUAUUUUUC